AUGGAGAAUUCUCGGGGCCCGAGGAAGACUUUGCUCGACAGGAGAGCCGAGUCUCUGGACAGGUCACAGGGCCCCAGGAAGAACUUGGAGUCACGGGAUAGCCUGCACCCUUCUCUGCACACGGCCCCCUGCAAGAGGGUGCUUCGCCGGACAGCCAGCGAUGGGUCCAGAUGUUCUGAGAGCCCAGCUCAGACUGUGGAGGCUCAGGACACCAAGAUUGCUGCCCUCAGUCCAGAGGAGACCAGUGAGUUUAUCCUCAGUGAGCAGAGGUUACCACAGGACAUCAAGAAGGACAAGACCCAACGGCGGACCCAGUCUGGGUGGCUGAAAACCCUCGUCAACUUCUUCCUGAGGAUAAGCCCUGAGGAACCCAAAGAAAAGGCCAGCAGGAAUCCAAAGGUGAAGGAAGGUUUCUCUCACUCUGUGGAGUCCCCUGUACCUUCCCGUGAGCCAACUGUUAGGAAGAAAUCCCACGACAAGAAGUCCAGACGCAAGAAGAACAUUAGCAGCAAGAAGCAUGUUGCUCAGGAGAUGAAGGGAGGUCUUGAUCAGGAAGCCACAGGCCAGGAGGCCAGACACCCUGAGGAGGAUGACCCAGCUCACGGGGAUGAGGAUGAUCUUGAUUUUCAUGAGCCUUUGUCCACCGAAGGAGGAAGUGCCAGAGUUGGGGAUGGAUCAUGCCCGUGCUCGGGCCACCAGUGGAAAGAGGAGCUACAACCUGAGAAGGAUGCUAUUAUCCAGAUGAUAGUGGAAUUGCUCCAGAGAGUGGGAGACCAGUGGGAAGAAGAGAGACUGAAAACCCAGCAGCCUAUGGUGAUUCUUCCAAACCUAGGCCCAGUCCUCAAGAGGAAAUCUGUAGAAAAGAAGUCCAGCUUCAGAAGAGCCUUUUCUCAUAAGAAGCUUGGAUCUGAGGAGCCCAAGAGAGCAGGGCCUGCUGAUGCUCCUGCCCCCGAGGCCCGGCCCCCCAAGAGGCCCAGCUUCCUGCCGCUGUGUGUUGGUGGUGGCCAUCGGCCCUCCGUCUCCAGCAGCUCUGAUGAAUUCAUUCGGAAGAUCUGUGAUCUACUCCAAGAUGCAGAGGAGCAAGGGGCAGAGAAGAGACUUCAAACCCAGGAGCCAGAGGUGGCUGUGGAAAACCCAGGUCCAGCCUCCAGAAAGAAAUCCACAGAGAAGAAGUCCAGCUUAAGGAGAGCCUUUUCUCAUAAGAAGUACAGCUCCAAGGAGGCCAAGAGAAUGGGGGCCGCAGAUGCUUCCAGCUCCGAGGCCCCUCGACCACCUAAGAGGCCCAGCUUUCUGCCACUGUGUGUCAGUGGAAAUCGGCCCUCCAUCUCCGACAGCCUCGAUGGGGAGGAUGGCGAUUUCCAGAAGGUGCUGCCUGCAGAAGGAGGGCCAGUUGACUCCUUGGAACCAUCCUCCCACACCAGAAGGCACAAGCCAGAAGGGGAGCCUCAGAUGGACAGAGGCUUUGAAUCUAAAGAGUUAAUCAUCCAGAAGCUGGUGGCUCUUCUUCAGCAAAUGCAUGGCCAGUUGGGGGAGCAGAUCAGGAGACACCCCAGCUUUAAAAAGUUUCUUUACAAGCUCUCGGACUCCUCCCUCAAAAAGUUGGCAAUUACCUUGCAGAAUCAGGAGGCCCAUCUCCCUGAGCCCAACAGAAACCUUGAUGAGAGACGCUACCAGUUUGCUGCGGACUUGGUGAACGUAUUUGCUGGCAAUAAUGGCCACACUGUCCACAGGCUCAUAGGCCUACCAGGCCACUACAAUCAGAACACUUACGCUCAGUUUCUCUGCAGGAAGGCCCAGCAGAACAUCAAGAACCCUGAAAGCCAAAGUCCAGAUUGA